UGGCGGUGAGGCGGGGCGGUGGCGCGGCCGCCAUGGAGCGCUGCGAUCGCGCGGCAGAGCCGGGCCCGCUGUGGGCCCCCGGGUCCUCCCGCCCGCCGGCAGCGGCGCAGGCCAUGGAUUCUCCCUACGCCAAUGGAGCCUACAGCCCCUCCUACCCUCCUGGUGCUGCCCCACACUACACGGGGCUGCCACGGGGGUACCACUGCUCCGGGUCCCCUUACACCUCUGAGCCCACCGGCAGGUACCGGUGCCCAUCACCGGCUCCCCCCUGGAGCUACGCGGCACCGGAGGGUCCCAACGAGGGCUCCUCGCUCCGGAGGCAGCAGCAGGGUCCCAGCUACUCCCCACCGCAGACACCGGGAAUGCCCAUCCCGCAGUAUCCCUAUGGAGACAGCAGCUCAGGGGUCACCCCCCCACCGCAGCCCAGAGCCCUGGAGGACACAUGGGCUCCUCACCCUGUCUAUGGGGUGCAGCCACGGUACCCAUGGGCAUCCACUUCAGUGCAUGGGAACCCCUUCGUGGCCGAUUCGCACCCAUCCUGGACCAGCAGCGGAGCAACUUCCCACCCCACUGCAUGGGACUCAAAGGACGUUGCUUAUGAUAAACCCGAGCACGGCACAAACCAUCACAGCUACUACCCCGAUGGCAACCACCAGCCCUAUGGGACAGUGAAUGACCACGCAGCAGCCCCCCAGCACCCCAAGGUGCAGUACAGCGCCCAGCCCCAGCUCUAUGACAGCACGCCUCGGAAGCCUUGGGCCGGGAAUAGGGAGCUUCAACCUGGGGAGCACCGACCCACAGCGCAUUCCGCAGGCAUCCGGCCGGGAAUCCAGAGGAUCCUGCACGUUAUGGGGGAGGCGGAGCAGCUGGAGGAGGAGGUGGAUGAGUUUGUAGGGAAAAAGACGGAUAAAUCCUACCGGCUGCUGGAGGAGAUGCUGACCAAGCUGCUGCUGGAGCUGGAUUCCGUGGAGACGGGGGGCCAGGACAGUGUUCGGCAGGCCAGGAAGGAAUCCGUCCACAGAAUCCAGGCCAUACUGGAAAAACUGGAAAGAAAGGGAUUGUGAAAG